CUUUUGCUGCAGCCGUGUCUAAAGAUAGUUGGAUCAUCAGCGUCCAAAGCUGCGUCAUCUUAAAUCAAGAUUCACACAACCGGACAGGUUAAGAGACCAUGGGUGAGCAUGAAGGGGUGAACUCAGUGGCUGCUAGUGAGACUGAGCCUGCCAGUGGAGAAACCCUAAUGGGGAAUUUGGAGCAGGGUGGAGAUGAAAGUGAUAUAAUGGUUGAGGUGAAGGGGUCUGAUGUGUUUGUUGAUGGGGAUUGCUUGAAGAAGGUGGAUUCAGAAUCCAAGACUGAAGAUUUGGAUGGUGGGGUUGAUCUUGGAGCAAAGGAGGUCCAAGAAGGGAAGACUGAAACUGGAGUUGAAGAUCUUCAAGAUGUUGCAGGGGCAGCUCGGGAUGUCGAUGAAAUGGAGUGUGCUGAGGCGGUGAGCGAACGAACUGAUGUUGCAGAGGCAGCACGGGAUGUCGUUGAAAUGGAGUGUGCUGAGGCAGUGAGCGAACAAACUGUCGUUGUAGAGGAAGUCGGGGAUGAGGAUACUGAAAAAGGAGUUGAAGGGGUUGAGUUGUCAUCUACGGGUGUUGAGUCAGAUGUUUCGGUAUCAAAUCCCGGGAAUGAACCUGCAAAUGAGCCAGAAUCGAAGAGUUCAGAGAACGAACCCGUUACUGAAAAUGCUGCCUCGAUUCCAAAAGAAGAUUCAAGUUCUAAAGAUGAAGCAAUUCCAAGAGAAGAGACCAGUACUAAAGAUGAUGUGAUUCCAGGAGAAGAGACAAGUACUAAAGAUGAAACUCGGCAUGAUUCUGUUACAGAUGCUGGAGUUUCUUCUUCAGAAAACGAGCAAGGUUUAGUGAAUUCAACUCUUUGCGAGGGGGUCGAUAAAGACCGUCCUGCUGAGUCAGAGAAUUCACAGAGCCAAUUAGCUCGUGAAGAUGAUCCUUUGAUGCCAAGAGAAGAGGAAACAACAGGUUUCAAAGAUGAAGCUAUGCGUGAUCCUGUUGCUAAUGUCGGAGUAUCAUCUUCAGAGAACGAUCAAGGUUUAGUGAACCGAACUGUUUUCAAUAAGGCUGAUACAGAUUGUUCUGGUCAUGACAACAAUAAAAUUUCAGAUUGUCCUUCUGAGCCAAGGAGUUCGCCAAGCGAAAUUGUUAGAGAAGAUGCUACUUUGAUGCCCGGAGAAGAAGAUACUAAUUUUAAAGACAAAGAUACGCAUAUUGAAGAUGCCGGACUAUCUUCUUUGGAGAAUGAUCAGAGUUUAGCGACUCCCGCUACUUGCCCGGUGAUUGAUAAAGAUUCUUCUGGACAUGCAACUGACAAGAUUCUAGAUAGUCCCGUCGAAGCUGCCACCGAGAGGGAAACUGGAGAGGUCAAUAAAGAUGAGAUUUUACACUCAAAGGCGGAAUCCAUGGAAAAUAUUGUUGACCAUAAAAACUCGCCUCAUAAUGAGGAGGGUUUGCAAGUAGAUGGUGAGAAGUGUACUGCAAUUUGUGAUAUGGUUGUUGCUGGUUCCCAAUCUCCCGAUGAGCGGGCUGAUGCUAGUGAUGGUUGUGGAGCUCGAGAAGUUGAUAGCAAGGGUUCUGAUAACCCUAAUUGUGGAGUCCUCGAUGAAUCUGAGUCUGACAAGAUAAUUCAGACUGAAGCUCCAAAAUCUGCUGAUAAUGAUGUGAAAGAUAAUUCCGAAGUCUUGCCAGAUCAGCAACCAUCAACAGAAUCCGGAACCAAUAAUAUUAACGGUGAAGAGUCAGAGCUAUCCCAUGCAAAAUGUAAUAACCUCGAGAAAGGAGAUGCGAUGGAAGUGGAGGUUGAGGGGGUACUAGAUUCCGAAAAUAGAACUAGUAUUCACUACUCGGAGAAUGAUAUAACCUUAGAAACCUCCAACAACACAGUAUGCCCAGCUGAUGUUAACGAGGAUAAGUUAGAUGUUACUAAUGCAACUAACUUAGGCCCCGCAAAAGACUCCGAUGUUGUUCAGACUGAUGCAAUGGAUAUUGACGAGGAUAAGUUAGGCUUUGUCAAUGCAACAAACUUAGGCUCGCCAAAAGACUCUGACAUUGUACAGACAGAUUCAGAAUUAUCUGUCAAGAACACUGUGGUUGUCCCGGCCAACACACAGGUGAUAGACAGCAAUACGGUUGCAAAAUCUGAACUUGAAGGUUUGGGUGGUCAUGAAUCUGCGCCAAAAGAUGAUGAGAAUGUGGGUCUAGUUAAUAAAGGGAAUCAGGCAGGAAAUGACUGCGCUACUGAUACUGAGAUGAUAGAUGAUAAUUCCACAUUUGAAUUCAUCGAUGAUGGGUUUUGGCAAGAAGAUGAAGGAAAAAACACGAUACCUAGAGGAGACAACGCAAGGAGUGAAGGCACUCCCGACAUGGGUUCUGUUCAAUCCCACGGUCAAAUUGGUACCGAGGAAUCUUUGGUUGAGUGUCAAGGCAAUGUUGUGCAAAGUGAUGCUACUCCCGGUACUGAUACCGAAAUUUGCAAUCAGAUGAGUUCCCAGUCUACCUGUAUCUCGAAUGAAGAGGUAGUUAUGCAACAAAAUCUAGUACUUACACCCGAGGCAGAUCAUGGCCAAAGCACAGUAAUGACAACUGUUGCUGAAGAACAAGUUGAAGGUGCUACUGGAUCUGGAGCCUAUAAUGAGGUGAUCGGCCAACAAGCAAUUGAGAUGGAAAAUGCUGAUGGUUUCUUGGACGCCCAUGUUCCAGAAACAACGGUUGUAGAUGAGCAACGGGAAGAAGAAAACGAGAAGCUUCAUUCUGAUGAGAAGCAUGAUAUUGGAGAACAAAGAGAAAUUCAAGAGAACGCUUCUCAAAUUGACCAGUCAUUGGUGUCGGGUGUGAAGGCAACAAAGCCUGCAAACUUUGCAAACAUAUAUCCCGGUUUUCUACUUCCUCCAGAAAAAUUGGGAAAAUUCACUGUUUCUGAUUUGGUGUGGGGGAAGGUCAGAAGCCAUCCCUGGUGGCCGGGACAGAUUUUUGAUCCAGCAGAUGCAUCGGAGAAGGCUGUUAGGUAUUAUAAGAAGGGCUGCUUUUUGGUCGCCUAUUUUGGGGACCGAACUUUUGCUUGGAAUGAUGCAACCGUACUGAAGCCGUUUUGGUCUCACUUCUCCCAGAUCGAGAAGCAGAGUAACUCAGAAACAUUUCAAAACGCAGUAAGGGGUGCCUUGGAUGAGGUUUCGAGACGGAUAGAGUUAGGCCUGGCCUGCUCUUGCAUACCCAAAUCUUCGUAUAACAAGAUUGCGUGCCAGGUUGUUGAGAAUACUGGUAUACGGGAAGAAUCAAGCCGAAGAUAUGGUGUGGACAAAUCUACUGGAGUGAAGUCAUUUACCCCCGAUAAGGUCUUGCUUUUCUUGAGAGGAGUGGCACGAUCGCCUACUUGUGGGGCCGAUCAGUUGGACCUUGUUAUUGCUCGUGCUCAGUUAUUGGCAUAUUCUCGUUUCAAGGGAUGCAGUGAGCUGUCAGAAUUCUUGUCAGGUGGAGAACUAUUGGAAAAUGACGAGGAGGGAGUUACUGUGAACAAGGGUCCCUCUCAUAAACGUAAACACAAUUUGAAAGACAGCUUGCAGCCUACGAAGAAAGAGAGGCGUAUGUCAGAGAUAAUGGGCAACUCAGAAUUAGACGAAACUCUUGCAGAUGGAUCAGACCGGACAAAGAGUGUCUAUUCUGCAAAAGUGUCGAGCACAACAUCAGUAACUCCUAAUCCACCGCCUUUCAAGAUUGGCGAACGCAUCCUGAGAGCUGCAAGCCACUUAAAAGGCGACAGUACUCAACCCGAGGCCAGUUCUCCCUUGCAGAACCCACCGAAGGAAAAAGUGGCGGGCCCAUCUGAACUCCCGUCUAUUGAUGAGUUGUUCUCCCAGCUUCAGUUGGUGGCGCAGGCUCCGAUGGGAGAUUAUAGCUUUUUGAAUACUUUUAUUCAUUGCAUUUUAGAUCUUAGAUACCCAAAGCACUCCGAGUUGCAGAAUUCAUCUACUGGAAGGCCGGUUGUUGGUAGAAAGAGGAGAGCAUCUCAGGCCCCCGAUGGGGCUGCCGAAGAUUUUGAAUUCGAUGAUAUAAAUGACUCAUAUUGGACUGACAGGAUUGUUCAAAACUAUUCCGAGGAGCAACUACUGCAGAAUGGCGAGAACGGUGGGAGAGAGGAAUUUCCGGUUUCACCCUUUGAUUCAGAAAAAGUUCAUAAAGCAACCCGUCGCUCAUACUCUAGGAAACGAUAUUCUAUUGGUAAUAAUGAAAUCGGGGUAGAUGAAUGCAACGAGGAAGCUGAGAAAAGGAAGCUCGAGCCAGCAGAGCUUAUCUUAAAUUUUGCAGAGGGCAAUCGGCUUCCUACAGAAAUGAGCCUUAAUAAGACAUUUAGACGGUUUGGACCAAUAAAGGAAUUAGAGACUGAAGUUCAUCCAGAUUGUGCCCGUGCCCGAGUAGUCUUCAAGCGGGGAUCUGAUGCAGAAGUUGCUUAUAGCAGUGCUGGCAAGUUCAAUAUAUUCGGGUCUAUGCAAGUGAACUACGAGCUCAACUAUACACCCGUUAUCUCAGUUAGACCACUGCUCCUUACAAUACCACAGGGCCAAGAGGAAGCAAUUUGAUCAGCAACUAUAAUAGUAUGAUAGUUCAGCCAAGAGAAGAGAAGAUGGAACAUUCAAUGAUAAAGCCACAGCCAUGCAAUCAUUAGCAAAAGAGGACAGCAAAGUAGAGAAGGUAACCAGACUUCAAUUCAUCUAGUUAGAACAAAGAGAUGAAAAAACGAAAAAACUGCAAAAUGUUUCGUGUAGAGUGGUGUAUUUUUCUUGUGAGCGGCUAACCACCGUGAAUUCUAUUAGAUGCUUUUUUUUUUUUUAAUCAGUCAACUUAGGACUCUCGUCGCCUUUUCUCCAUUUCUGUAUAUAUUUGAUUUGAUGAAGCUCUUGUCUUGCCUCCUUCAUGAUCUUGUUGGCUCAAAUAUGGAGAACUUCAUUCUGCUUC